AGAAGUUGAUGUGGGGGCAGAAGGUGGUUGUUGGAUUGCGACCUGAAAGCGGGAGGAAGCUUGAGUGAGCGCAGUGAGAGUGGAGUGUAUGUUCGUGAGGGAGUGAGAGUGGUGGGGGAAUGGAGGUGCAGAGCGCGAUGGACCAGAGCUCUGCGCACACUGAAUUCCCGACGAAUUUGCGCGAGAGGCGCUCGAAUGUGGAUUGCGCGGUCAGGGACAGCGAUAGCAACCAGGGAAUGUCCAAGUAUGUUCCGGAUUCGAUAAGUUCCGGAGCCCAACGACUGAAGCGGGAAGUGAACAAACGAUACGAGCUGGUUAAGUUUCAAGCUCUGCCUGAGCACUUAAAGGAUAAUGAAUACAUUUUUAAGCACUAUCGCGCUGAUUGGCCUAUCAGGGAAGCACUCGGGAGUAUCUUCACCAUUCACAAUGAGACACUCAACAUUUGGACCCAUUUGUUAGGGUUUUUUGUGUUCAUGGGUCUCACCAUCUAUACUGCCAUGAAGAUGCCGAGUUAUGGAGAGAUACCUGGCAUGAUGCACCACCUUCCCAAUUUCCAGCAACUCAGAUGGCAGUCUGUGACUGACGAGUUGACGAAUAUGGUGGCUCCUCAACCCCAAAAGCCUAUCAGUCGAUGGCCAUUCUUCGUAUUCCUAAGCGGUGCCAUGUUCUGCUUGCUCUCGAGCAGCAUUUGUCACCUCCUUUAUUGCCAUUCUCAACGGAUGGCAAAUCUUCUUUUGAAACUUGACUACAUCGGUAUUGCCUAUUUAAUUGCAGCUUCCUUUUACCCGCCCGUGUACUAUACUUUCAUGUGCAAUCCAACUCUUCGGAACACUUACUUGAUUGGUAUCACAUGUCUCGGAUUAUGUACUAUAGCGGUAUCUUUGAUGCCAAUGUUCCAAACUCACCAGUUCCGACCAUUCCGAGCAAUCUUAUUCGCGAGCAUGGGGAUCUCUGGCAUAGUCCCUUGUGUUCACAAGCUGCUGCUACAUUGGGGUGAGCCUGCAGCUCAGACGACAUUUUACCUCGAGAUGACAAUGGGUGCUUUAUACGGACUAGGAGCGGUGAUUUAUGCUACCAGAGUGCCUGAGCGAUGGAAACCCGGUCACUUCGACAUCGCUGGCCACAGUCAUCAGCUUUUCCAUGUUCUUGUUGUUGCCGGAGCAUUGACUCAUUACAGAGCCGGUCUUCUCUAUCUCAAGUGGCGAGAUGAACAGGGAUGUGAGGCAAUGUAAGUUUUAGCUUGCUUUUGAAAUGCUGGUGUUAUCGUCAGCUACAUUUUCUUUGUAGAGAUUUUUAGCCCAAUCGUGGGUACGUCAUAGGAAGGUCUGUGGCGCCAUCGACUCGGUAACCAACAAUUUGACAUUUUUUGUCACUACCUCAUGUUUGAAAUUAAGAGUGUAUAUAGAAUAAAUUCUUAAAUGAAUCAUCGCGUUCAAUGAUACGGUGGAGAGAUUGAUGUCUCAGUUUCUGUUUUUGUCACUUCAAGCCCGCUUGUUGGGCUUGAAGCAGUUACAUUUUGAUGAUCUAAUUUGGUUAGGCCAUCUCUGUGAUUUCUCAGUUCUCAGUCUUCUAAGACACUUUUGCAUUCAAAGAUGGAAUUGCA